GGGAGUACAUCAUAAAGAAGAAAUAGGGACAGAGCAGAGACCCCUACAGCCGCUAACAAACUCCACAUUCAGCAUGGCUAUCAGCAGAGAAAGAAAGCAGUGCCCUAAGAGAAUCUAAAACUAUGCCUACCCAGAAUAUCAUUUUCUACAUAAUCAGCAACAUGUCUAGGGAAAGACACCAAGAAUUCUAAGUUCCUAGAUUUUGAAGCUUUUUUUGCCAGAAAAUCUGCAAUUGGAUUUGCUUCGCGAAAGCAAUGGGAUGUCCCUUAGAUGAGAUAGUGACCUGUCAUACACUGUUUUCUUGCAGAUUGAGGCAUGUGGUGAUCAAACUCUUACAUUUGGGGAAGACGUUUCAAAAGAAGCUGAUGUCGAGUCAACAAUUAAAACUUCGAUGUAUGGGAAACAAUGGAUGUAUUAAUAAACAAUGCAGUAAUCACUCGGGAUGGUUUGCUGAUGAGAAUGAAGAAACCCAGUGGCAAGAGGUUAUUGAUUUGAAUCUUACUCGUGUAUUUCUCUGCACAAAGGUAUUUAUAUUUGAAAGCCUCAACUAUUUUCAUGCAUGGGUGCUGGGGUUUUUGUUAUUUGUAACUGAGGUUAUCUGCUUUUGCAUGCAGCAGCCAAAAUAAUGAUGAAAAAGAAAAAGGUAAAUGCUUGUGCUGCCAAACGAUAUAGGUUUUUUUUUUUUUUU